AUGGCACCGUUCAACAACAAGGUCUUGAUCAAUGUCGAUCUCGGGGAGGCGUACGGCAAUUUCAAAUGCGGCCCCGACGAGGAGCUGUUCCCUUACAUCGACCAGGCCAACAUCGCUUGCGGAUUCCACGAUGCAUUGACCAUGGCGGCCACAGUCCGAGCCUGCAAGACAUAUGGCAUAGCGGCAGGCGCCCAUCCCGGCCUGCCAGACCUACAGGGGUUCGGCCGUCGGGAGCUGGUGCUCUCUCCCGACGAACAUACGGCGAACAUAGUGUACCAGGUCGGGGCGCUGAAGGGCUUCCUGGACCGCGAGGGACUGCUGCUGUCGCAUGUCAAGCCGCACGGGAUGCUGUACGGGCUCUGCUGCCGCGACAUCAACGUGGCCCGGGCCGUCAUGGCCGGCGUGCCGAAAGGGAUCCCCGUCGUCGGGCUCCCGGGAACAUGUAUGGAACGGGCGGCUGAAGAGCUGGGCGUCCCCUUCUGGGCUGAGAUGUUCGCCGACGUGAGGUACUAUGCUGACGGGCAGCUGGUCAUCGAGAGGGUGAGGUUGCCGUGGGACCAGGAAAAGCUCAAGAAGCACGUCAGACAGGAGGUCGAGGAGGGAAGCGUGACGGCCAUCGAUGGCACACUCGUGGACUGGCACUUUGACCAAGACGCCACCGUCACCGUCUGCUGUCAUUCCGACUCCCCUGGCUGUGUGGAGAUUGUCAAGACUACCAGGGAGAUUGUCGACGAGGUCAACAAGAAGAGAGGGUUCAAGUAA